GCGAGUUCAAAUCUAACACACCGUGAACGAUUGAUGCCAGUCAGUCAGUCAAAUACACUUUAAUAUGGCUUUAUUGUUGCAAUGAUACGUUUAACCAUCUCAUGUGAAGGAUUUUAACUACAGUGAAAGAUGAAAGUUCAACAUGAACGUAUUUAACGAAUAUAACAGCAUCUGUGUGACAACGGUUUUACUCAUAUCAAGUUUUUCUACAUUCGCAGGUGGAGUAUGUACCCUUCCAACAGAACUACACAAUUCAGUCUGGAAUUAUCAGUAUACAGACCUUUCAAACAACGCACAAACAACAACACUCACUUUUGGAAGAACAACACUUCCAAAGCCGUCAAACAUUGAAUUAAAUGCUUUAGGUACAACUUUGAACGCUUGGACCUGUAUCUCUAACUUAACACUGUCUAGUGCUGUUUCAGUUGCAGUUUUCAAGAGUGAUAAAAGCUACACAGAUGCUAACCGAAACACAAAAUGGGUAUACAUAUGCAUGAAACUAACCAAAGUGGCAGAUGAUUUCUUCUAUUUCUAUCUAUUAUCAGAUAAAGAUAGUAACGUUUAUCCUGAGGAGAGAGUAUAUCAAUCGGGCAGUAUUUCAGACAAUACUGUUCCAGUGUGUAGCACAUUCUGUCAGUACACAACUCAACCAAGGAUUCGUACACUUAAAAAAUCAGGUAGCAGUGCAAAUUUACCUUUAAACACGUCCUUGUGUGAACCCUGUGAUAGUGCUUGUGAGAAAGCAACUACAGAAAUGACACCAACUGAGACAACACAGGAAAUCACGUCUACUGAAAUGGACACUACGACAGACAUGACAUCAUCAGAGACAAAUCAGAAAACAACGCAACCAUCCAAGUCUACUGAAAUUGACACUACGACAGACAUGACAUCAUCAGAGACGAAUCAGAAAACAACGCAACCAUCCACGUCUAGUGAAGUGGACACUACAAUGGACAUGACAUCAACAGAGACAAAUCAGAAAACAACGCAACCACCCACGUUUACUGAAAUGGACACGACGACAGACAUGACAACAUCAGAGACAAAUCAGAUAACCAUACAACCAUCCACGUCUACUGAAAUUGAUACUACGACGGACAUGACAUUAAAAGAGACAAAUCAGAUAACAACGCAACACUCCACGUCUACUGAAAUGGACACUUCCACAGGAAUAAAAUCAACAGAAACAGAACAGAAAACAACGGAAAUCAUAACAACAUAUACGAAAACCACUACCGAUAUAAAAGACGACACACCAAUACCAACCAAACCUAAAGGUUCGUGUAUAUUUCUCUUCAAACCAAAUACAAUAUCCGUAAAUUAG